AUGGCUGCUCCAGACUCUCCCUCCACGCCCGACAGGUCGUUUGUCAACAUCCCGGUUCUUCCCCCGCCCAAACGCUCGCCCCACAAGUCACCCAAAAUCGGCCCGCAGUCUCCCACGCUGCCCCUUCCUCCAGUGCAGUCUCCCAUCCCCACCACCCCCAAGUCUGCGCUUCGGUUCCCACAACUCGAGCCGCGAUCCCGGUCCAAUUCCAACACCUCCAACCGCUCGCGAUCACCGUCGCCGCUCAGAAAAGUAGUCUUUUCACCCAAGGAAGAGCUCAUUGACGGCGGCAAGAAAUCCAAAGACAACUUGCCCAAUUUGGCUGAUCUGAAGGAACUCAACCAGAGAGACCUCAAGGAGCUGAAAGAGCAGCAAGCCAAGGACUUUGGUAGCUUCCUUAGUUCGCCAAAGACCUCAACUUCCCCUUUCCACUCGUCGACACCCCCGCCACCACCUCUGCAUCUCGAUACUGAAACCAGAUCCCCCAAAGGAAGAUCCAAGUCAGUAGGAGCAGCUUCGUCACCGGUAGAUAUCACUCCGACACAAACACCAAUCAUGCAUACACCCACAUCAACGCUACCCUCCUACAUCAACCCCGUGAGUACAGCGUUCUGUCUAGGUCUGGCCGUGGGUCUCAGCAUCUCGGCCAUCCGACCAACUCUCGAAAAAGCCGUCAACCACGGCUCCUCGUGGCUCGCAUGGCUCUUCAAAACCGUCAUUCUGUGGACCGUCAUCGGUGCGGCGGCUUACAUGGCCUUCACUUUAGGCAAAGCUGUCCUGAUCACGAUUCAACAGAACCAGCAGAAGCAACAGCAGACAGCCCAUAAACUGCCCCCCACACCUCGUUCAGACCCCUUUGAAGGUCUUAAACCGAAUAAGCCAUCGUCAUCGAGCGGCUCUACGGUUUCUGCUUCAUCUUCCAAAUCAGCUUCUUCGACAAAGUCUUCUGGAAGUGCCGCGUCCAUCUACGAGUUCAACAAGUACGUUGAUGAGCAAAAGGUGAAACGACGGGGUCAGAAGGACGAAGAGCAUUCCUUCAGACCCUAUCCUGCCCGUCCUCAGUUGUCUUCUACAGCUCCUGGAAAGAUUUAUGGAAACAUGUCAUAA